AUGUACUUUGAUCCCAGCAUCCUGACCCUUCUUCCAUUGCUUCUUGCAUCGCAAGUGCAAGCUCANAACCUCCAGCUCAAUGAGAGCAUCAAUGGGGACACCAGCGGUGUCGGAACUGGCAAGGAUGCCGCCAGAUCUGUCGAAGUCUUUCCUGGAGAGGACUGUCGUGAGACUGGUGGGCUAUCAUGGUACGGAUUCAGCUGCCAAAAUGCUGACGGAGAGACAUAUGUCGUCCCUGGUGGUGUCAAAAGUUUCUCGAUCGUGAGUAGAGCCGAGUCUGCCAGCCAAGACCACUGCUGGAUCCUAGCGAAGCAAGGAGCUGCUUCGACCAGUUUCAAGGGCUGCUUUGCAGCAGUAAUGGCCGCUGCGUUGGCUGGUACACUCUUGGCUCUGUGA